GCCACGAUUGGCUAGUUAAAACCACCUGAAGUUAUGCACGUGGAGAAAAAGUCGUACUAAGGCGAGAGGGGUGAGUUCAGAGUUUGUAAAGUUCAAAACAAUAGUGACCUCGCCAAUAGUGAAUACAGACACAUCUCUAAUACGAACACUUUGUCUCUUCGGUCUCCGUAUUAGAGAGGUUUGACUGUACACUGUCGCAUUGUUUUAAUUGUUCUGAUUAGUUAUAUCAUUUAUCCAUUUGUACAUUUGAUUUGCCCUUUUGAUUUUCUUGUGGUGAUUUCAUGAUUUUGCUAAUUACACCUGUCCUGUUUUAGAACCUGUGGUUUUUACUCGAUAAACAUCAUACACCACCUGUGUUUGGAGAUGAACAGAUGAUCAACUAUGAAGACUUCUUAAAAGUUGCUGGAGAGGCUGGUGAAAAAUGCAGGCCCUUCUUCAGUGCAACUGUUUUUGCCAAAUUAUUUCAGCAGGAUCCUUUUGGGAGGAUCUCUAUCAUGCAGUUUUUUAACUAUGUCAUGCGAAAAGUUUGGCUUCAUCAAACCAGAAUAGGCCUAAGUCUAUAUGAUGUUGCCGGACAAGGAUACCUGAAAGAGUCGGUAAGCUUGCAGUAGUUUGUGUGAUGGUUGUGAACUAGUGGAAACUAGUAAUCUAAGCAAGUGUAUUCUGAA